GUAAUUGUUAAAUUGAUCGCUACCGUUUUCACGGAACCCACAGUUUAUUUCAAAGAAGAAUUCGAUGAUGGUUGGCGGAGCCGAUGGGUAGAAUCUACAGCUAAAGGUUCAGAUCAAGGUGAAUUUGGAUGGAGUGCUGGAAAAUUUUUCAACGAUCCCGAAAAAGAUAAAGGCUUGAAAACAACACAAGAUGCUAAGUUUUAUGGUAUUUCUGCCAAAUUUGAUAAGCCUUUCUCAAAUGAGGGAAAAACACUAGUGGUUCAAUUCUCUGUGAAACACGAACAAGAAAUUGAUUGUGGAGGUGGUUAUGUAAAGAUUUUCCCAAGCGAUCUUGAUCAAAAAAAUAUGCAUGGUGACUCACCAUAUAACAUUAUGUUUGGCCCUGAUAUCUGUGGUUACAGUACCAAGAAAGUGCAUGUUAUAUUUAAUUACAAUGGCAAGAAUUUACUCACCAAAAAGGAAAUACGAUGCAAAGAUGAUGUUCUCACCCAUUUAUAUACCUUGAUAGUACGGCCGGAUAACACUUAUGAAGUUAAAAUUGAUAAUAAAAAAGAAGAAAGUGGUACUCUUGAAGAAGAUUGGGAUUUCCUAGAGCCAAAAAAAAUUAAGGACCCAGAUGCCAAAAAACCUGAAGAUUGGGAUGACAGAGAAAACAUUGAUGAUCCGGAUGACAAAAAACCUGAAGAUUGGGAUAAACCAGAACAUAUUCCAGAUGCCACCGCUACAAAACCAGAAGAUUGGGAUGAUGAAAUGGAUGGAGAAUGGGAACCACCGAUGGUUGAUAAUCCAGAAUACAAAGGUGAAUGGAAGCCAAAACAAAUCCCCAAUCCAUCUUACAAGGGAUCAUGGGUCCAUCCAGAAAUUGAUAACCCUGCUUAUGUGGCAGAUUCCAAACUAUACAGCUAUUCAGACAUAGGUGCUAUUGGAUUUGAUUUAUGGCAGGUUAAAUCAGGAUCUAUUUUUGAUAAUAUCCUAAUCACUGAUGAUGAAGCCUAUGCCGAAAAAUAUGGAGAAGAAACCUGGGGUGUUAUGAAAGCUGGAGAAGCAAAGGCCAAAGAAAAAGCUGAUGAAAUAGAAAACAAAAAACACAAAGCGAAAGCAGAUGACGAUGAUGACGAUGAGGAUGAGAAUGAAGAAGAUGAAGACGAAAAGAAAACAGAU